UGCAGCAGGCUGGACCACCACAUUGGAGCCACGGUUCUCCCAGGUCGCUUUAUGGUGAUGCUGCAUAUGUUGACGCAGGGCCGGGGUGCCAACAUUGGGACGCUGCCCACGCUUUACUUUCUGCUGACACAUCUUGCAUGUGGCCAUGUUAACCUCCUCUGGAUACUUCAUGAAAAACUGCCACAACACAGAGUAGCUGAUUUUCCCACCAACAGUCCACACUGAUUGACUGCUACUGCCGGCGACUCCAGGAAUCUGUGUUACACUUCCUCCCAGGAAGGUAUUGCCAGGUGACAGACUCUAAGGAGGAAGAGAUUGUUGGGUGAGGCUUAUGAUGGGAAAAUAUGCAGAGGAGAGGUGAGAAGAACUGAAAGGAAGGACGUUACUUGGGAAUACACAUGCUUUAAAGGCAAGAAGUAUGGAGUUCUGAGUCUGAGUACCGGGACAAGGCACUUCACAUGGAGUAAAGAUUCUUCCACCCCACCCCCCCUGAAUGUCACCUAAAUUCUUCUACACCAAAGCCAUGCCUUAGACACAAGGCCAGCCACAACAAUAGAAUGCUACUGCUUCUCCUGCUUCUUUUACUACAACCACAGAACAAUGAUUCAGCAAAUGAUUCCUGUGGCAUAGAAGUUAAAUUCUCAUCUAAGAACUUCAAAAAUAUUCUUACCUGGUCAACACCAAGAAAUGAAGAAGACGUUCGCUACAAUGUAAUGUAUAGCAUAUAUGGAAUCGACGCCUGGAGUGUGAAAGCAGAAUGCACAAAUAUCACUCAGAACUGGUGUGACUUAAGCAAUGAAACAACCGAUCGUCGUGAACAAUAUUAUGGCAAGGUUGUUAUCAAUAACCAAGACUGUAAGCUAUCUGAGAGAUUUGACCCACUAGACACUAUACUUGAUCCUCCAAAUGUCAGACUUUUCCUAACUGGUACAUCAUUAACUAUAAAUUUGACUCAUGUUGUGGAAAAUCUCAGUGGUAUUUAUGAUGGAUUACAAUAUGAAAUAAAUGUUUCUGAAAAACUAUAUAAAACAGAGAACUCAUAUUAUACGAUAGAAAAUAUAGAUCUACAAAGAAAACACUGCGUAUCUGCAAAAUUGUCUUGGUUCAGAUCUGCUACUACCUUUUCGAACAAAACAUGUAUAGGGGCAAAAGCAGACCAGACCCCUGAAGAGAGAGGAAAAAUAAUGCUUUAUAUUUUGGGAGUCAUACUGGUAUUAUUUACAGUUUCUGGUGUAGGAUACGGUGUCCAUAAAUAUGUUCACGUUGGUAACCUACAGCAACCACAAAUUCUUAAUCUAACAUCCAACAAUAACAACAAUUUAGUCUUUGUUGAUGCGCAUAACAUAACAAUAAACGUCAUCACAAUUGAGUCUGGUAAGUCAAAUGAGCAAAGCACCAUGAUGGCUGAAAAAAACGAUAAAACACAGGUGAAGGAAGAUUUUUACUUCACAAAUGAUGGAUAUGAUGUCAGUCACAGUUCAGGAGUUCCAGAAGAUGAGGACAUUGGCUAUAUCAGUCUUCUGGAACAAGUGCCAGCUACUAGACCACACGUGUCACCAUAUGACAUGCCACAUAAUAUUCUAGAAACACCUGCUAAACCAUCAAUGGCUUCAUCACUUAUUAUAAACAAGGAAGGGGAUCAAUACGGUCGUAUCAAAUGCAAUAAAACUAUUACAUCCAUUCAAGAGAAGAAUACGGUAGAAGCUUUUCAAAAGGCAGAGAGGUCAGAAGAAACAUUUACAUACCUCCCAAAAAAUGAUCAACAUAUUCCCAGACUGGAUGUAUUAAAUUAUAAACCACGUGAGGACUCAUCUGAAGAACAAGAUGCAGAUACCACAGAUGUGAAAGAUGGCACAGACUAUAGUGAAUGUGGUACUCUCUUUAUAGAUUGGAGUCCAACCAGUCAUCACCUCUAUAUACCAAACGUAUGUAACAAAACAAUAAAAGAAGUUGGCACUGAAGAGUGCCAGGAAGGAUUGCUAUCUAAUCUUUACAAACCCAUUGAAACAGAAGACUCCUCUGAAGAACUGGCUUGUCUAGAGCAAAGAUGGGAGCUCCAUGUAAACAUGGUAGAAUAAAGAGACCUUAUGGGGAGAAAAAUGGACUUAA